ACAUGACGUCACGCGUCAGCGAACCCCGAUCUUGGACGUUCUUUUUGGUCCCACGUUUCAUGGGCUUCAAGUUUACUGAUUUGGAAAGCAGUAAAAUUUUAUCAAAAUGAAGAUCGGCCUGUGCGCAUUCAGCGGUUUCAAAAUUUACCCCGCCAGUGGUAAAACUUUGGUCAAAGCCGACGGAAAGACUUUCACUUUCCUGAACAAGAAAUGCGAGCGUUCGUUCCUGAUGAAGCGCAACCCGCGGAAGGUCAAGUGGACCGUGCUGUACCGUCGGAAGCACAAGAAGGGUAUCGUUGAAGAGGCCGCCAAGAAACGCUCCCGCCGGACCCAGAAGUUCCAGCGCGCCAUUGUCGGUGCCUCGAUCACCGAUAUCAUGGCCAAGCGUAACAUGAAGCCGGAGGUGCGCAAGGCUCAACGCGACCAAGCCAUCAAGGUGGCCAAGGAAGCCAAGAAAGCCAAGCAGGCUGAGAAGAAGGUCAAGAGCCAGCCCAGUCAGAAACAGCAGAAGCAGAAGGCUACCAAGGUGUCACAGAAGGCGGCUCCCCGUGUCGGAGGAAAGCGAUAAACAUUGCGUUCCAACUUUCUCCCCUCGUUCUGCGAGCGAGUUACAUUUUGCUAAGUAUAAAUAAAAAACAACUAAAAGGCA